AUGGAGCCAGACAACGAUAUCAGGGGAAGACUUGCCUUGAUCACUGGUGCCUCUGGAGGGAUUGGCGCAGCUUGCGCCCGUGACCUCUUCAACCAUGGUGCAUGUCUGGCACUGACAUAUUCCACGAACAAAUCCGCCAUCGAGGCUCUCAUUGCCGAGCUGAAAACCCAGGAUCCGUCCCGCCACGUCACGUCUCACAAGGUAGACUUCAGUGACGUGGAUGAUAUUGCAUCUAUGUUUAGGCAAAUCCAAUUGCUACAUGAGCAGCCUGGGCCAGAUAUCCUGAUUUCGAACGCCGGCUAUGGCAAACGAAUUUCAAACAUCAUUGAGAUCCCACUUCAGGAGUUUGAAAAAAUGAUUCAUAUAAACCUCACGUCCUCAUUUCUGUUAUCAAAGCAAGCCAUUCCUUAUAUGGUCUCUCAGAAGUGGGGGAGGAUCAUUUUCAUAUCAUCAAUCGCGGCGAUUGGCGGCGGAAUAAAUGGUUGUCACUAUGCUGCAAGCAAGGCUGGUCUAACUGGGAUGAUGAAAAACUUGGCGACGAAACUAGCGCAGGAUGGGGUCACGGUUAAUGAUGUCGCACCUGCGAUGAUCGGUGACACUGGAAUGAUCCCGGACGCGACACUACUGGCUGGAACAGCGGGCGAUGUGUCUAACAUCCCAGUGGGACGACUAGGUACUCCACAGGAGUGCGCAAAUGUGGUAACGAUGCUCUGCAAGACAGGCUAUAUGACUGGGCAGAGCAUUCUACUUGCUGGGGGCUUGAAAUGA